AUUACAUAGGGCUAGGACGAUAUAAAUACCCCUCAUCUGAUCCUAAUCUACUCUCUCCACCAACAAGACGAUUUUAUGGCUAUUGAACUUUCACCACUUCCACUCCCACCAACCGCUGAUCCCUCAAAGUUCGCUGAUUUUGGCCGCGAAGUCAAAGGAGUGAAUCCUGGUGAACUGACUCCUGAGGAAUUUGAGGAGGUUCGGGAUGCAUUGUAUAAGCACGAUGCUCUCUUGUUCCGGGACGUGACUCUCACACCCGAGCAGCAAUAUGCGUUGACCAAAGCCUUCGAUCCACAGUCUGAAAGCUACGGACACGGGAAUAACAAGACAGAAGGCACAAAGAAAUCCAUUCUACAUCCCGAUCUCAAGACUAUCCCUCGUGUACCCCAAGUCCAACUUAUCGGCAACGGGAUGGUCUACAACCACGAAGGUUUAGCUGAGGCUAAGCUCAAACACCCAAGUCAUACUACAUUCCACAAGACUCGUGUUUCUGAAGAAGACGAAGCGAAAGGGGUCACACGAUUCUACCGCUGGCAUAUCGACGCGGCGCUCUACGACCUUUCUCCACCCAAAGUCACUACACUUUACGGAUUGAAGGUUCCGGAAGGUCCGAAGCAGGUCGUGAGGUACGACGAUGGUACUGGCGAUGAACUUCCUGUUCCACUUGGAACUACGGCGUUCGUCUCUGGGAAGACGAUGUUUGAUAUGCUUCCAUCUGAAUUGAAGAGUCUCGCUGUUCGGACGAAAGUGAAAUAUGCUCCGCAUCCAUAUGUGUGGAUGGCACCUGCUCGUGCAAUGCCGACGGGACUUGGAAUUGAAGCGGAGGGUUUGGAGUUGCCGCUUGCUGAGUUGCCUGCGUGGGAGGAGAGCAGAAGAAAGACUUUCCCCAUGGUGUGGAAAAACCCGGUUACUGGGAACCUCCAUUUCCAGGUCCAUCCUUGUGGUGCAGCAGAACUUUUGGUAGAUCCUCUUCCGGCAGGGAGCAAGAAGGAAGACGCGUUGUAUCCUGAAGGUGCCCAUAUCACGGAUUUGGGGGAAGUGAGAGAUAUACUAUAUCGAAUGCAACGGCCUGCGAUCGCUCCGAAGCUUGUGUAUCCCCAUGACUGGCACGAGAAGGAUCUGGUCUUAUUCCACAAUCGUGGAGUGCUUCAUACUGUCGUAGGUGCAUUCAAACCUGACCAAGUGCGCGCAUUCCAUCAGUGCAAUCUGGCUGCAUCGGAUGACCCCACUGGUCCUACUGAGGAGGAUGUGAAGAAAUGGGCGUAAGACUCAAGAGAUCAAUUGGGACUGUACAUUUAAUACAAUAACGGGAUGAGAUGUACGGCGUUAAUUACACUGUUGACGUUCUGAACACGGACCGAACACGUUUGUUCCUCGACACCGGUACAGGAAAGAUUCGAUCAAAACCCGGAAUCGUCAUAAAUAUGCACCCAUCUAUGCUUAUACGCAGAAGAGAUCUCCAGAGUCUCCAUCUAGAAUGUUCAAAUGAAUUGAGUGCAGCGACACCGCCGGUAGCUGAAUCAACAAAAAAAACCGAUACAAG